AAGAGACAAGUGCGAUGAGACGAUAUCGUUUCAAACGGUGGAACCGUUCAGUGGCCGGCGCGAGACGUGCUAUCGUUGGCGCCUGAGCGUCACCACUCCGAGAGAAAUCGUCCUCCUCCAUCAGGAGCAAAUAGAAAAUACCCAAGACAAGAGUUGCUCAGGAAAACCGGUACGACGGCGUGGUGGGGUGUGUGACUGUGGCAGAGUAGGAAACAAGUCGGUGAGAGCCGCUUAGCAAAAGGAACGAGUUGAAGUAGCAGAAAGGAUUGGCAAAAUGUCGCGGAAUAAGAACGUCAAUGCAUUUACUGACGAACGGAGAAUCGACAUCGAGAAGCCGUACUGGGAUCAGAGCACGUAUAAGGGUAGGGCGCUGCACUUCCUCACGGUCACGAACCCUUUGAAUCUGUUCCUCAGCGCCAAGGAACUCGAACAUGCUCGAGACAUCGUCACCAAGUACAGGAAAGGAGACAGUCUGGCACAACUGAAGGUGACGGAGGACGAGUUGUGGAAAUGCAAAUAUCGGUACGACAGCGCGUACCAUCCAGACACGGAAGAGAAAAUGUUACUAAUCGGACGUAUGAGCGCCCAAGUUCCGAUGAACAUGAUGAUCACCGGUUGUAUGUUAACGUUCUACAAAACAACUGCACACGUCGUUACCUGGCAAUGGGUAAAUCAGUCUUUCAACGCUAUCGUCAAUUACACAAACCGCAGUGGUUCCAGCCCAAUUCCAAAAAACACGAUUUUACUGAGCUACGCUAUUGCGACUGGAGGGGCUGUGGUGACAGCCCUCGGCUUGAAUCGUCUCUUCCGGAAUGCACCACCCUUGGUAGGUCGAUUAGUGCCGUUCGCAGCAGUUGCCGCUGCCAACUGCGUAAACAUUCCCUUCAUGAGAAUGUCCGAGCUACAAAACGGAAUCGAAUUACAAACGGAAGAUGGGACAAAGGUCGGCAAUAGUAGAUACGCCGCGAGGAAGGCCAUCCUUGCGGUUACUCUGUCUCGUAUUCUCAUGUCUGCGCCGAGCAUGAUAUUGGCGCCCGUUGUAAUGAACUUCAUGGAUCGACGACAACUACUGCGUAACGCGAGAUGGGCUGUUGUGCCUAUACAAGUACUAAUUUGCGGAGUGUGUCUGACAUUUGCUACUCCUCUCUGUUGUGCUUUGUUCGUACAACGGGUACCAAUUUCGGUGGAUGAUUUGGAACCAGAUGUCCGGGAACAGGUGCUCUCCAAAAAUCCCAAUCUUCGAACGGUGUACUACAACAAAGGACUUUGAACAAGUUACUGAAACGCAGUCGAGGAAACUAUGUACAAUUGUGAAAUAAUGUAUCGCGAAUUUGUGCAAGUUCAAAAGUCGUGAUAUUUCUACACAUAAAAUCGUCGACGAUUCAGAAACGAUUCUAUUAGAAUGAAAAAACAGAUGCAAGCAUAUUCCCAAACUCUAUUUGCUAAUAUUACGACCACUUGUCGUGAUUAUUGAAAGCUGUCAAGGACAGGCAACGGAGACAAUAAAAUGGUACAAUAAAGUAAUAUUUAUUGAAUAACAUUUACGUUUCAACAGUA